UACAUCAACUUACUUCCUAUUCUUGUUUUAGGGAAGAAAUUCAUAUAACAAAACUAACAAAGAAAAUGUGUAUAGCAGUGUUCAUUUGGCAAGCUCACACUCAAUAUUCAUUUUUGUUAUUGCUUAACAGAGAUGAAUAUCACAAUAGGCCAACAAAGGCUGUCCAUUGGUGGGAAGGUGAAGAAAUUGUUGGUGGCAGAGAUGAAGUUGCUGGUGGCACUUGGUUAGCUUCUUCAAGACAGGGUAGAGUUGCUUUUCUCACUAAUGUUUUGGAACUUCAUGCCCUACCUCUAGCCAAAAGCCGAGGUGACCUACCUGUCCGUUUCCUACAGAGCAGAAAAGGUCCAAUGGAAUUUGCAAAAGAGUUGGUGAAUGAAGGGAAUGAAUACAAUGGAUUUAAUUUGAUAUUAGCAGACAUUGAAAGUAAAUCAAUGGUGUAUGUAUCAAAUAGGCCCAAGGGAGAGCCCAUGGUUAUACAAGAAGUCCAUCCAGGUGUUCAUGUGCUCUCCAAUGCAAAGCUGGACUCUCCUUGGCCCAAGGCUCAAAGAUUGAAGUUGAGUUUUAAAACAAUGCUGGAUGUAUACAAAACAAGUGAAAAAUGCAUUUGCGUCAAAGAGAUGAUAGAGAAGUUGAUGAGGGACACAACCAAAGCAGAAAAAGACAAAUUACCUCGUAUUUGUUCUCUGGAUUGGGAGUUGGAACUUAGCUCCAUAUUUGUCGAAGUAGACACUCCACUGGGAUGUUAUGGCACUAGAAGUACAACAGCAUUGGCAGUUGAAGUGGGAGGACAAAUAAGCUUUCAUGAAAUGUACCUUGAGAGGAACAUGUGGAAAGAGCAGAUUGUUAGCUAUUGGAUUGAAAAGCUCCAACUGCAAUAGACUGUUGGAUUUCAUAUAUUUGUUAGACAAUUGGAUGUUGAAAUAUGUUAUAUUCUCAUGUUUUCUUUUCAAUUAAAAAUAAGAUCAAAUGAAUAUUGUCUUUGUAUUCCA